GCAGCGAGCAGCUCUCGUUCUCCUCUCCCCACCAUCGGCACUUGCCACUCUCAUUCCUUUCUCAUUUCCAUUCGCGUCCGCUUCACUCCGAAGGUUUUCUUUUUUCAUUCUAAGGAGGAUCACUUUGGAUUAGCACAGCAAUUUUAUGAUGCACUUUGCCAGGGUGUAGCGCUAUUGCCGGAGGAGGAGUCAUUAUUUCAUCAGCUUUUCACCGUGCCAAAGUAUGAGGCUCUGAUCUGCCACUGAAACCGAGGUUUCCCUGAGCUACAUACAAGAUGUCCACCAUGGUGUAUCCGCGGGAAGAGAAGCUCGAGAAGCUCUCUCAAGAGGAGAUCAUCUCUAACACAAAGCUGGUGAUCCAGGGUCUGGAGGCCCUGAAGAAUGAGCAUAACUCCAUCCUCCACAGCCUCCUGGAGACCAUCAAGUGCCUAAAGAAGGAUGAGGAGGCAAACCUGGUGCACGAGAAGUCCAAUCUGCUCCGCAAGUCCGUGGAGAUGAUUGAACUGGGCCUGGGAGAAGCACAGGUCAUGAUGGCCCUGUCCAACCACCUGAACGCGGUGGAGUCAGAGAAGCAGAAGCUGCGUGCCCAGGUGAGGAGGCUCUGCCAGGAAAACCAGUGGCUGCGGGACGAGCUGGCCAACACCCAGCAGAAGCUGCAGAAGAGUGAGCAGAGCGUGGCCCAGCUGGAGGAGGAGAAGAAGCACCUGGAGUUCAUGAAUCAGCUCAAGAAAUAUGAUGAAGACGUCUCACCCACUCAGGAGGAGAAGGACCGAGAAACACCGAAGGACUCCCUGGACGACCUUUUCCCCAAUGAUGAGGAAGAGCAUGGCCAAGGAAUGCAGCACCAACACAACAGUGCAGCAGUGGCUGCGGCCCAGCAGGGAGGCUACGAGAUCCCAGCCCGCCUGAGGACCCUGCACAACCUGGUGAUCCAGUAUGCCUCCCAGGGCAGGUACGAGGUGGCUGUCCCCCUCUGCAAGCAGGCUUUGGAGGAUUUGGAGAAGACUUCUGGACACGACCACCCCGACGUGGCCACCAUGCUCAACAUCCUGGCUUUGGUCUAUAGGGAUCAGAACAAAUACAAAGAGGCCGCCCAUCUGCUCAAUGAUGCUCUGUCCAUCCGUGAGAAAACCCUGGGCAAAGACCAUCCCGCUGUUGCUGCAACGCUGAACAAUCUGGCUGUGCUGUAUGGAAAGAGGGGAAAGUACAAGGAGGCCGAGCCUCUGUGUAAGAGAGCUCUGGAGAUCAGAGAAAAGGUCCUGGGGAAGGACCACCCAGACGUGGCCAAACAGCUGAACAACCUGGCUCUGCUUUGCCAGAACCAGGGCAAGUAUGAGGAGGUGGAGUACUACUACUGCCGCGCCCUGGAGAUCUACGAGAGCAGGCUCGGCCCAGAUGAUCCCAAUGUGGCCAAAACCAAGAACAACCUGGCGUCCUGCUUUCUUAAACAGGGGAAAUACAAGGAGGCUGAGAUUCUGUACAAAGAGAUUCUGACUCGUGCUCAUGAGAAAGAGUUUGGAUCUGUUGAUGCUGAAAACAAGCCCAUCUGGAUGCAUGCAGAGGAAAGAGAGGAGAUGAGCAAGGGCAAGCACAGAGACAACACUCCAUAUGGGGAGUAUGGAGGCUGGUACAAGGCCUGCAAAGUCAACAGCCCUACAGUGAACACCACCCUGAGGAACCUGGGGGCCCUGUACCGCCGGCAGGGCAAGCUAGAGGCUGCUGAGACCCUGGAAGAGUGCGCCGUGAGGUCUCGCAAGCAGGGCAUUGACCCCAUCCACCAGACACGUGUGGUGGAGAUCCUGAAGGAUACAGACGGUGACAGGCGGAGGAGCAGGGACAGCCUGAGCAGCGUUAAGUAUGAGAGCGGCUCUGAGACCGGCGAGGAAGCCUAAGCCAUCAAGAUUAUUCCUCCAUCCUUCUCUUCUUCCCCAACACAAUAGCAAAAGGAUGUGUGUUGUCGUUCCCUCUGGCCUUCUCUGUCCCAACAAACCAAGAGCUCCUCUACCAUUCCUGGUGCCCUCCCUGCGGCAGAGACUCAGAAAGCCCCCCCUUCCUCCCAGUUGUCACCUCUGUCAACCCUGUUCAACUGACAACUGCUGGGACGUUUGGUCUUCUCCUCUCUGCUCUCUUCUUUCCUCUCUUUCUUUCACUCUCUCUAUCCUUUCCUCUCACUAACCCCAUGUCGUCCACCAUGUCAGAAAUCGUUACUUCGACUCUUUCUCUCACUUAACAAUUUAAAAAAAAGUCACUGUGUGUGAAAUCUUUUCCCUGUGAGGAAGCCACUCGCACAUUUUUCCUCUCUGCAACACCCAUUUGUAAUUUUUCAUAGGUGCAUAGAUCUUUUUGGCAAGAUAGAGGAGCAGGAAAGUAUGGAAGACCAUUUCCACUGAUGUGAUGAAGAGAAAGAUACUCUAAUGAGAUUGUUUCUGAAAAUAAUGAAUUAGUGUUGCAAAAAUAAUUAGAAAAGUCCUUUAAAAUAAUGAGAUAGUGUCUCAGAAUAAUGACCUAUCUCAAAAUGAGACACUUGAUCAAAAUGACUUGUCCUUUUCUGGAAAUAAUGACUAAAUAUCUCAAAAUAAUAAGAAACUCUCUCAGAAUAAUGACAUAGUAUCUUUAAAAAAUGAGAGACUUCUGUCAAAAUGAUGAACAGUAACUCAAAAUAAUGACUUAGUAUCUCAUUACUCAUUCUUUUGAGAAUUUUUUUCAGUAUGUUGUGAUAAGUCAUUAUUUUAAGAAAGUUUCUCAUGAUAAUACCUUACAGGAUGUUUUUUUUUUUUUGUCACGUUGGUGGUAAUGGGCCUUGAUUGAAAAGUAAUUUAUGAGGUAAAAGAUGAACGAUUUUGAGGAUUAGCCUUCGACAGCAGCCUCGGCACCAGACAUCACUCCAACCCACAGUCAGAUAAAACGUUACAAUCACUAUAGAGUUAAUAUAUAUCAAGAUGAGUCAUUUUCACAGUUGCUCUGCAAUGGUCGCACUCUGAAUUUGUUUGCACUCGCAGCGCGUUUCUACAAGUGAAAGUCAAAGCUAGCUUCCAACCUGGUGCCUGUAUUUAGCCAUUAUAGUAUUUUUAUUUUAAAUUAAGUUUUGAUUUCCGUUUUAAACUACCUUAACAACAACAAGAUCGAAUGCCUAAACAGUUUGGAAAUUAAUGGUACUGUAUAAUUUCACGUGAUAAUCAAGAUAUGUAAUUUCUUUUUGACUUCUGCUGCCUAGUUGCGGAAAAUGAGAAGGGAGUAUCGGCCUUUUUGUUUUUAUAGAUAUGUUUUAUUUCAUUUUUGUAUCAUUUUGUUUACAUUUUUUUUAAAAACGUUGAUUAUUUUGUGGCUGAAUAUUUAGGCAGUGAGUUUGUCAACAGCGCCACAGAGUUGCCUGUUGUGAAAGACCAGAAGGGCCAACAUCAGUUGACAGCAAAUUGGUCAGAUCACAGCGAGCUGUUGUUGCCAUGGUAAUUUACUUUCAAGUUGCUCUUACUGGCUUCAGUGUCCUUGGAUUGAUAGAUGAUUCACACAGGCUCUAUACGCUGGUACAAUAUGUACACAGCAGCUUGCAUUUACAAAGGGAAUUAGCAACAUUGGCUGAUGCUGUGUGUGACGGCAGAGACCAACCGGAGCAUCGAGCACAGAUGCUGGCCACCUGAGAGAUUGCUUAAAAAAAUGGUAGAUUCAAAAUAACGGACAUAAAUGCCCAGAAUUGCCUUUAUCUGUUGGUGCAGGAGUAGAGCUAGUGUUAUUAUUGAACAGAAGUCUGGAUUCACAGUAGUUUAGUGUGUAUUUGUGUAUGUUUUGGUGGUACAGUCACAGUGCCCACUCUGGAUAUGGAUACUGUAUUUUGAACACAAAGCUUAAUGGAGUGUGUUGCCUUUUUUCUUAACACAGUUGUUUGCAAGUAAACAUUGUCACUCUGGUGAAUCCAUGUUUUUAGACACCGAAAGUACAGUGCGAGUGUUUCUCAAGAUUGACAUGUUAUUUCAGAUGUGUAAACUAACUGAAUGUAAAAUGACUUAACAUCUUUAAAGUGUAAUUGUAGGCUGUAUUUAUAGAUUUGACAAGUGCAUUCACUAUACGGCUUUUCAGUAUGCUACUUGCCUUGAUUCUUCAUUCCUUCCAACGAGUACACCUAUACUUCUAAUGCAACUCUGAAGAAAAGAAUCGACUAUGUACAUCACAUAAUUAUGACAAUAUUGUUGUGUUAGUGGAAUGCUUAUUUAUUGAACUGUCUAUUCUUGACAUAUAUAGUGUGACUUCAGUUUCCUAAAGUGGAAGAACAUAAAUGGUAAGGACUAUAAGCACUAUCUUAGUAAGUAGGACUGCAUUAUAUUUACCAUUCUGCAUUGUGAAGAUUAUUGCAUCAACACUUGUUGGUAUUCUCAAAUAAAGUUUUUCAUUUGUGAA